UUCUUACAGUUUCUAAAAGUAUUUAUUACCAAGUAUAUUCUAUAGGUCAAGUGAUCUAUGAAAAAGUUGUGUGUCAAAGAAGCAAGUUCUAGAAACUUUACAAUUGAUUUGAACCUGACGAAAGAGCAGACUGAACAAAAAUGAAUAUGGCACUUCUGGACCUACAACCUACGGAGUUUUUCUUCAACUUAUGCAGCAAGCGCUUGGAGUACAGGCAUUUGGUAUUGCGGAAUACCAGCAAGAAAAACGUGGUGACCUAUAAGAUUAGAACCAAUACACCAACCGAUAUUUUCACCGUUCAUCCCCUCAUGGGAGUUGUGAAGCCCAACCAAGCCGCUGUCAUUCACAUCUACAUGAAUCGCGAUGUUCCAUGGAUCAAAAGGAAGCGUUAUGAGCUUCUCGUUUCGGCAACAACUAUUACCGACAGUGAGGUCAAUUUGCAGAGGCUCUGGAUGCACUUGAAUCGAAACGACACCUGGAUGGCCAAAAUCGAGUGUAAGUUCAUUGAUCAGGAACAAGAACCUUGGUGGUUAACCUAUCAAAAUGGUGGGAAAAUCUCAAAUAUGCUGAAUAUUACGGAUUUGGAUGGAAAGGUCAAGAGGCUGCGCUUGGAGGUCGAUAUGUUGCGUACACAAAACAAGAUUUUCAAGGUUAUCAUCUGUGCACUGGCUUUGAUCAUCAUAAUAUGGGCUGCCGUUUUGCAUUUUCGUGAACUUUUGUCUUGAAUACCACACAAUUUAUACGAACAUGAAUUUCGGGAUAAACAGGCAAUUAUUUUGUAACACUUAGGAAAUUUAUUAUAAUGGU